UACAGGUGCUUGGAAGAUCCUUAAAUCCACAUAAUCUAACAAAAGAAAGAAUGAAAAGCAGCAUAGCGCCUUGCAGAAUACGUGUUCAUUUUUCCUUUUAAUUUCCCAUCCACCCCCACAAAGUCAAGACCAUCAUAUUAUCCAAUCUCUUUCUUCUACUACUACUACUAAUAAUAAUGGCAGCUUCUUCAACAAUCAUAGACACCUCCUCUAUGCAGAAUUCAAGUUUCUCUUUUCCAACAUCUUCUUCUUCAUUCAUGACUUCUUCAUUCACUGAUCUUCUUGCUUGUGAUGAUUAUCCAACAAAGAGCAAAGGACUUGGUGAUAGGAUUGCAGAGAGGAGUGGUUGUGGAGUUCCCAAGUUUAAGUCACUUCCACCACCUUCACUACCCCUUUCUCCUCCUCCUUUUUCUCCUUCCUCUUACUUUGCUAUUCCUCCUGGCUUAAGCCCUACUGAACUCUUGGACUCCCCUGUUCUUUUGUCUGCUUCCAACAUUCUUCCAUCUCCAACAACAGGGACAUUUCCAGCUCAGGCUUUUAACUGGAAGAGCAGUACCAAUAGCCGCCAUCAGGGUGUCAAACAGGAAGACAAAAACUACUCUGAUUUCUCUUUCCAGCCUCAAUUUGCAUCAGUCUCUCCGUCCCAAACUAAUCCUGUCCCAUUGGGGAAACAAUCAUGGAAUUAUCAAGAAUCAAGAAAGCAGAAUGAUGAAAAUGCUAAUGGAACAAGUGAAUUGCAGAGCUUGAAAAAUAAUGGCCAGAGCAACCAAUAUAACAAGCAAUCAUCAAGAUCAGAAGAUGGGUACAAUUGGAGGAAAUAUGGGCAGAAACAAGUGAAGGGUAGUGAAAAUCCAAGAAGUUACUAUAAAUGUACUUUCCCAAAUUGUCCCACAAAGAAAAAAGUAGAGAGGUGUUUAGAUGGGCAAAUUACUGAAAUUGUGUACAAGGGUAAUCACAACCAUCCAAAGCCGACUCAGUCUACUAGGAGAUCCUCCUCUUUAGCCAUCCAACCUUACAAUACACAAACUAAUGAAAUCCCAGAUCAUCAGUCAACACCUGAGAAUUCGUCCAUUUCAUUUGGGGAUGAUGAUCAUGAGAAGAGUAGGUCAAGAGGAGAUGAUUUCGAUGAAGAAGAAGAACCAGACUCAAAAGAACCAGACCCAAAAAGAUGGAAAAGAGAAAGCGAAAGUGAAGGUUUAUCAGCACCAGGAAGCAGAACAGUAAGAGAACCUAGAGUUGUAGUUCAAACUACAAGUGAUAUUGAUAUUCUAGAUGAUGGAUAUAGAUGGAGGAAGUAUGGUCAAAAAGUAGUCAAAGGAAAUCCUAAUCCAAGGAGCUACUACAAAUGCACAAGUCCAGGAUGUCCAGUAAGAAAACAUGUGGAACGAGCAUCACAAGACAUAAGAUCAGUGAUAACAACUUAUGAAGGAAAACACAACCACGAUGUUCCAGCAGCUAGGGGCAGUGCCAUCAACCGACCUGUCGCACCAACCAUUACUUACAACAAUGCCAUCCCCAUAAGGCCUUCUGUCACAUCUCAAAUUCCAUUGCCACAACAAUCUCCCUUUACACUAGAGAUGUUACACAAGCCUAGUAAUUAUAAUGGUUUCUCAGGAUAUGCAACUUCAGAGGAUUCAUAUGAAAACCAACUUCAGGACAAUAAUGUGUUUUCCCGAGCAAAGGACGAGCCUCGAGAUGACAUGUUUAUGGAGACAUUGCUCUGCUGAAAUCGAAAUUUCAUAAAAUAAUUUUUUUUAACCUUUUGUUUUUUGGGUAAAGAAUCUGUUGGUUUCACUUCAUUUGUCAGUCCAUCAUAUAUCUACUUUAAUCUUUUUGUGGGUGUGUGUACAUUUUGCCUAGGAAAUUUGCUGGUUGUAAAUUCAAUGAAAUGCAGUGUAGAAGCUCAUGUGUACCACUAUUAUGGGGUGUGUUCUUUAGGAUAGGAAUGUAAAGCCCCAAUAUAUAUGACACUGACCCUUUCUUUCUUCA